AUGGAUACCGGAAGCCCUUCUCUAAUCACCACCGGACUGGUGGUUGUCUCGGUGAUCUUCCCCUUGCUGUCUCUGGCGUCGGUGUUACUUCGAGUCAAGGCACGAUUGAAGACUAAGCAAGGCAUUCUGGCCGACGACUGGUGGAUCGUUGCAACAUGGGUCCUCUCUAUCGCGCUUAGUAUCAAUGUUUGGGCCUAUGCUGGCAUAAUAGGCGUCAAUUCUUGCACAGUAGAUGCCUUGUCAUGCUCUGUCUAUGCCGCUGUCUGUCUCGUCGUAGCUUCAUGUCUAGUCCAAGUUGUCUUGACCACGGUGAAGGUAUCCAUACUACUCUUGUACAAAAGGAUUUUUGCCGUACGGCCAUUCCGAAUCGCCACAUGGAUUGCCGUCGUCUUCGUCUCGCUCUGGGGGAUAGCCAUGAUUCUGAUCGUGGCCCUCCAAGGCAAUCCUGCGACUUUCGUACGGACUACGGCCGCCAACGAAGUGUAUGUUUGGAGACUUGAUCCGGUGAUAGUUGGUUACACACAAGUAGGAUCAAGUCUGAUCCUCGACGUUGUUAUUCUCUGCUUUCCUCUGCCUAUUAUUUCCACACUCCACAUGCCCACAAGAAGAAAGUUCAUGGUUGGUGCCAUUUUCUGGCUCGGUAUUUUCUGUUGCGUUGCGUCUGCAGUCCGGCUAGCACUUAACCACAAGGUCCUCACAUCUAUUCUCAGCCAACAGGCUUCAGUGUGGUCUCUACCCACAUUCGGUCCACUUGUCGCUGGUGGACGCGCUCCAGAGUCCCUCAUUCGCAGUGUCCGCUCUAUUCUUUCCCUCGCGAGUGGUGGCAGUUCUCCACGUGGCAGCCGCGGCAGCAAGAGCAGAUCAGGUGUUCGACUUCCUGACAACUCCGACUCGCGUCAGGACAUCAAUGCGGCAGAGCACGGAGAGUUCACUUCGCACGGCACGACGGAGGUUCACAUCAAGUCUGACUCGACAGACAGGCGCACUGAGGAAAUCGAGUUGAAUGAUCUUGACGGUGGCAUCAAUGUCACUAGGGGAGUGGACGUCGUCAGGGGGCAUUGA